AUGCUUCAAUAUACAGCAUUGGAACUUUUUAUUGCUUCUAGAACGGCAAUAAUGUUUUCAUUUGAUAAUUAUGAUACUGUAAAAUUAGUUGUAGAACAUCUACCAUCAGUUGGAGUUGGAGUAAAAUAUGGUUUACCACAAAAAAGAAAAACUUCUCUUAUGAAACCAAAACAACUUUUUAAAUUUUCUGAUAUGCCGACAAAAUGGCAACGUCGUGAAGUUUCUAACUUUGAUUAUUUAAUGUUUUUAAAUACAAUUUCUGGUCGUACAUAUAAUGAUCUUAAUCAGUAUCCUGUUUUUCCAUGGAUUUUAUCAAAUUACUCUAGUGAAACACUAGAUUUAAAAGAACCAAGUAAUUUUAGAGAUCUUACAAAACCAAUUGGAGCUUUAUCUGAAGCUAGGAAAAAAUUUUAUAAAGAUAGAUUUGAUUCAUGGGUUGAUGAAACGAUUCCACCAUUUCAUUAUGGAACUCAUUAUUCAACUGAAGCUUUUGUAUUAAAUUGGAUGUUUAGACAAGAACCUUAUACUUCGAUUUUCUUAGAUUUACAAUCAGGAAAGUUUGAUCAUUCAGAUCGUUUAUUCCAUUCAAUUGCUCAAGCAUGGGAAAAUUGUCAAAAGAAUCCUCAAGAUGUAAAAGAAUUGAUUCCUGAACUAUUUUAUUUACCAGAAAUAUUGAAAAAUACAAACAAAUAUGAUCUUGGAAUCAGAGAAAAUGGUCAAAUUGUAAAUGAUGUUCAAUUACCUCCAUGGGCAGAAGGUUCACCUGAAAAAUUUAUCCAAAUUCAUAGGCAAGCUUUAGAAUCAGAUUUAGUUUCAUGCCAAUUAAAUCAAUGGAUUGAUUUAAUUUUUGGUUAUAAACAAAGAGGACCAGAAGCCAUUAGAGCAACAAAUGUCUUUUAUUAUUUGUCUUAUGAAGGUAGUGUUAAUAAAUCAGCUAUUGAAGAUCCUAUAACAAGAGAAGGUAUUGAAAAACAAAUAUUAUCAUUUGGACAAACUCCUGUACAAUUAUUAAUAGAACCACAUCCAGUUAGACAAUCACUUUUGUCAAUAUCACCAUUCUCUUUUCAACCAGUCACCGAUGAUUUAUGCAUGUUAAUGAAAUUUAUAUCUAACUCACCAGUCGUUCAUUUAUCUGCUAAUACACAUUUACUUCUUGGAAAUCCUACUGUUAUAUCAAUAGCUCAAAAUUUAGUAUUUUCAUUAAAUAAAUGGAAUAACAACUAUAUUAAUUUUCAUCAAACUUCUCCUAAUUCACAAUUUCCAAUAUCAAAUGAUGAUAAAGAUAGAUCAGGAAUUAUUAACAAUCCUCCAGCUUCUGAAUUACCACUUACAGUUGAUCCAUUAUUAGCAAUUGGAAACCCUUCAACAAUUUUACCAAAAAGACAUUUAGGAGAUUCAUUUGAUCAAAGAUUUCCAAUCACAUCUUCAAAUUUUGUAACAUCACUUGAUUCAAAAAUAAUUAUUGCUUGUGGUUAUCCAGAUUAUUCUUUUAGGGUAAUUGAUUCAGAAAAUGCUACUAUAAAACAAGUUGUCUAUGGGCAUGGUGAUGUUGUUACAUGUUUAGGAAGAUCAGAGCAAAUACCAAAUAUGGACUUUUAUGUUGUCUCUGGAUCAAUAGAUUGUACAGUUGUAUUAUGGCAUUUUAAUACUGUAACAAAUUUUAUAGCAGGUGAAUAUAAUAUUUGUGGAGAACCUGCUGCACCAAGAGCUAUUUUAACAGGACAUGAUUCAAGAAUCACAGCAUUGGCAGUCUCUGCAGAAAAUGGUAUAGUAGUUAGUGGUAGUAUUGAUGGUACUGUUCUUAUGCAUACAGUUUCUGGAGAUUUGAUAAGAAGGAUUCAAAGUCAAGAUCUUCAACGUGUUUUAGAUCCAUUGAAAUAUAAUGAUUAUCCUGGUGUAACACAUAUAAUGAUGAAUAGAGAUUGUAUUAUUACGGUAAUAUAUAAUCACGAAAUUGUUUCAACAUUUACAUCAACAGGUUAUCAAUUAAAUGUACCUUUACACAAAUCAACAGAAAAAAUUUUUUCAGCAGUCUUAUCAAGAGAUGGUGAAUAUUUAAUAAUUGGUACAGAAAAUGGACGUAUUAGUGUUUUAAGAUUAUUUCCAUUACAAAUAGUCUAUACUUUCCAACAAACAGAUAGUCCUAUUAGAAGUUUAUCUUUACCUACAAAUCAACGUUUCAUUUUGGCAGGUCUUGAUUCUGGAGCUAUUGUUGUUUUUAAUGUAGAUUUUAAUAGAUGGCAUUAUGAAUACAAACAAAGAAAUUCUCAAUAA